CUGUCAUUUCGCAGAGCGCUAUUUUUGUGCAGGGCCUACGCGUUCGCAACCUCAGCCCCAAGAGCUUCAGGAUACUUCCAGGUUCAGCAUGGACAUGGCUAUGACCAGCGCCUUGGUUCUCUUCUACCUCAUGAACGCGGUUAUCUGCGGCUUUGUGCAGCAUCAGGGCACUGGCACUUGGAUUUCUUGUGUCAUGCUUUGGGCGAUGUGGUGCUGGGUUGCAUUUUUGACCUGGUACACCUGGGACGCAUGGGCCUGUUGGAGGAAGUUCAUGCAGCAUCGUAAGCUUCGCUCAAGUCCCGACAGCCCCUCCCACAAGCGUCGCCCCAACCUGGAGCAUCGGCCUCGCAGUAGCAUACCAUUGCCUGCGGAGGAGGAGAUUACAAAGCUUGCUCGCCUGCUCUGUGCAAAGAAUGAGGUGACUAGACCGCGCACCUACAAACGGCUGGGCUCUGCUGUGAGCCAGCUUUCCCUGGGCAGCUUGGACAGCAACAUUGCUGGCCAACUUGACAUGGAUCACGUGCACUUGUCGUUCGAGCCCUUUCUUUGGGGGCGUGUGUUCAUCGGACUUGGCGCAUGGGUGAGUAUGAUUUUUGGUGGCAAGGACACGCCAGGUGUUUUGCGCUAUGGCCUCAUGCAACUUCUUCGCAGACUUGGUCUUUGCUGCAAGGUUCAGGACCCCGCGAAGACUUGCGCCGAGCUGCUUCUAGAAACAACUCUUGCCAUCUACGUGCAGAGCGUAACGGCCGAUCCUACCAUCGAUGCCAUUGCCAAGUUUGUGAUCCCCGAUGUUCCUCACUUUGCAGAGAAAGGUGCAAAACUGGUGCACAAGGACUUGGUUGCCACUGUCCAUCUGUCUUGCCGCAGGCUCAUGAGUGCUUCCUUCGGAGGGUUGACGUUGUCGGCAGAUGAAGCCAUGGUUCUGCUGAACAUGGCCUGUGCCUACCUUGUUCAUCCCAUGAUUCAUGCCUUCGGCAAUUGGGCCACCGACCCGGACAGCGGCAAUCCAGUGGUCCGGCGCAACUCGAUUGCCACCGUGCUGUACAACUACUAUGGGGUCAAUGCGUUUGGGCAUUGGUGCGAUUUGAUGUGCCUGCUUGGCUUCGGCAAUGUAGACGCACAGCGCUUCAAGACGAUGCUCGAAUCGGUGCUCAAACAACAUGUGCCGCCUCAUCCUCAGGUCAAAGCGCUGAUGCCACACAGCAAGUUGGUCAGCUUCACAGUCCACAUUCGCAGAAGAAAAUUCCUCCAGCUCUUUGAACACUACCAGCACGACUUCCCGGGCAUUGACGGGGAAGCGCUCUUUCUCGCCACCGUGGUGCAUCCCCUGGACCAUUUCAACUUGAUCACCCUUCAACAUGUCAUGGACAUGGUUUGCAUGAACCCGGAGUAUGACGAGGACCUGUUGGUGGUGCGUUCGGCAAUCAUGAUGACAUCCGAGAAGCUUUGGGUCACCUAUCUAGCCUAUGACUUCGGCUUUGCGGCCUCUGAGCACUCCCUCUUCCGUGAGAUCUACCAGAAGGCAGCAAGCAUCAACAAGCAGUUCGCUGACCAGCUGGAAUGCUGUGUGAUGCGCUAGAGUCGGUUAUGCAACGAUUUUCCCUGUGGAUCGUUCCCGGAGUCUCGUGUGAACGUUCUGUUUACGUUCGCGAAACCGCGAACGUCUGCAAAGUCUGCAAACCGUAGGCAGGCAGGCCAACUGGCCACAAGACAGCCAGCUACCCGAGCCACCCGCG